CUGCUUGCAUGCUAGCGACGCCAACUCUAUAACAUCGAUGUUAUUCCGGCAACUAUAAGAAAUAUAGAAAAAAGAAGCGACCCUAUGGACGCGCUGCCCUCGUACCCCGACUUGUCGACCUUGUGCCGCCUCUGCCUGGGGGAGCACCAGGACGCGUACGAGAUAUUCGACGAGGACGAGGCCAAUCUCUCAAUCCCCGUGCGUCUGAUGGCUUGCGUCUCCUUGGACGCCAAGCCCGCGGACAACCUGCCCAAGAAGGUAUGCGGCGAGUGUCGAUACCAGCUGGAAAAGUCCUUUCUCUUCCGCCAGCGCUGCCAGGCGGCGGAGAAGAAGCUGCGCAAGCACGUCCGCCUGCUGUGCCUGGGCAAGCGGAGCCGCGUCUUCUCCAAGGAUCCGGAUGGCGACGACUUUGACGACGAUGAGCUGGAAUUCGAAGACUCAAUAGCGUUCAUCGACCAACAGGACAAGCUGCGGCAGAAGGCCGACGAGAAGUGGCGGGCGGAGUUUAAAGAGGAGCAGGAGCAGGAGUUAAACAAGCGGCUGGCAGACUCGCGGAUAAAGCUGCGGGCCAAACUGGUCCCAGAGGUGCGCAAGGAGCUGGCCGAGGAGGUGCGCAGGGAGGUGAGAGAGCAGCUGGAGGCCGAGGUCCGCAGCGAUGUUCGCGAGGAGCUGCGCAACGAAGUGUCCGAGGAGAUCCGGAAAGAGCAGCUGGUCAAGCUCUUGGGGGAGCUGGAGGUGUACUUGGUUGAGAAGAAGGCCGGCCAGUGGGAAACGUUGGAUGGACAAGAAGCAAUAGUAAAGGCUCCCGUCAAUGUGGUGCGUAAUCCCCCUGUCUCUCCAAAGCUAAGGCCUACGAGUUCCAUCAAGCAGAGCUCCAGCCCAGCAGUGAAAGCACCAGCCUUGCAGAAAAUAGAAGCGGAGCAGGCAGAACCGGAAGUGGAAUUCUUACGGAGUGGCACUCCCGAGACAUCUACCGUGGAUGAGGUGGAGGUGGAUACGCUCGAGCUGGAGGAUGACGUGCCCACGGAGAGCGAGCAGGACUUCAGAGACAUUAAAAUGAUCGGCGCAGGGGAAAUGGUGAGAACCGAGGAUGGUGAGAUUUACAUAAUCAACGCGAACAGUACGCAGGCCACGAAGCCAGCCUCCUCAGCAGAUUUUGACGAAGACAACGAUAUCACUUCCUACAACAUCAAGGAAGAUGGAGAGAUUCAGUUCAGCGGAGAUAAAACGCAGUUGGAGGAUGUGGUGGUCUUCAAUUUGGACGGCGAGAUAGCUGAGGAGCAGCAGGUUUAUAACUUUGACGAAAAUGUCAUCAUUGUGGAGAAGAACGACACCCUUCGAGACGCCGAGCAACCUGCCAAAAGAAAGCGACAGAGUGAGUUUGUGGUAAAGCAGGCGUUACGUGAGGGACAAGUGAAGCCUAGACGGGUGACAGACACCAUGAAGACGUUCCAGUGUAAGAUCUGCCCGGUGGCCUUCGCCUCAGAGAAGCUACUGCUGCGUCACCACAAUAUCCAUGUCAAGAGCAUAAAGAACGGCAAAGGCGGUUCCCUCAAGUGUCCCGACUGUGGGAUGCAGCUGUCCUGCGCAAGUUCCCUUAAGCGGCACAGGGUCAUUCACAGUGGGAUUAAGCCCUUCAAGUGCGACGUGUGCGAGGCGUCCUUCUCCCAGCGAGAAGUGCUCAAGCGGCACAUGGACACCCACACGGGAGCUAAGCGCCACAAGUGCCCCCACUGCUCGACGUGCUUUGCCCAGAAAUCGAAUCUGCAGCAGCACAUCAGCCGAGUGCACAUGGGCAAUGCCAGGACCAACAAGUGUCACCUAUGCUCUCGCAGCUUCAACCACCAGUCGGGCCUGAGUCGCCACCUGGCCACGCAUGCGGGCGUCAUGUUCACCUGCAAGGAGUGCGAUCGGCAGUUCAACGAUCGCAGUGCGCUCCAGCGACAUUUCACAAACGUGCACAAGGGCCUGAAGAAGUCGGUGGACUACGGCUCCGAGCCCGAGAUUUGUGAGAUGGAGUAAGAGAUGGCACACUCGGCUUUGAAUAUUUUACACCUUUAUUUCGCGAACUGAAAGUGCUCACAACAGUUGGCACCCCAGAUAUCAUCAACAUGAUAGUUAGAACAUUUAGAAUGCAUACAUGUAAACAGUUUAGCGAAAUACAAAUACAAAGUGGAACAUUUGGAACAACUCUGCAACGGGUUACCAUCUAAUAUCUAGCUAGACGUACAUAGGUUUUACAAUAUAUUGAUCGUUUAAUAAAUACCACAUAAGACGAUGUACAAUUUUAUAGGCAAAUACACGUAUUUUAAUAAA